AUGUCGUACAGAAGUUACAAUUUCUCGACCGAACCUUCAACUACGUCCCGGUUCGGUUCGUUGAGUUCUUCGAGCUACCGACCAUCAUUUGCUUCUGGAAGCUAUCGUUCGCCUCGAACAACGACAUCGACUACGGGUCCAAGCUCCACUGUUUCGUCCUUUAUCAGCCGCUACUCGAAUUUGGCGGCCGACAAAGAGAAGGAACGAGAACGGGACAAGGCAAAGGAAGAAGAGCGACGUAAAGAGCGUGAACUUCGCGAGAAAGAACGCGAAAAGGAGCGCGAGAAGGAACAUGAUCGCAAGAAGGAGCGGUUGAUCGAAACGUCCAAGAAACUCGAGGCCGAGCUGAAAGAAAGCAAACCGGCACCGUUAAAGAAGUCUUCACUCAUUGCGGCAAAGUACGGAUCGAGUAAGGAUGUUACUGCUACAGACGAAUCGUCUGCAAAGACCACUACAGGCAAGACACAGACCGGCAAGGAACAGACUGGAACGAAACCAAAGAAGGAUAACGCUCCCCCGGUGACGUUUACCACACGUUAUGGACGCGCCGGCGUUGCUCGGGAAAAGUCCCGUGAGCCGAGUCCCGCGACAAGAACAAGCUCGUCAACGUCUGUCAUCGCACGAUCGAGCCAACGCGAUCCAAGCCCUAUGGCCGUGGCAGUUACCGAGAGGGCUCGUUCACGGGAUCCAAGUCCUGCGGGAGAAAGUAAACGCACCGGAGGAUAUGCCUUGGCGAUAGCCAGCAAACUGUCCGGUUCGAAGGUGCCCCAACAGAGCACCCCCAACGAAUACCGUCGGCAGACAAGCGGUACAUCAUUUACGCAGAACCGGGCCAGAUCUCGUGAUCCGAGUCCUACUGUUCGCACAAGGACUUCACGAGAGCCGAGCCCUGCCGAGCAGCGACGACUGCAGUUGGCUAACAAAAUGAUUGCCACAGCUGCGCGAUCUCGCGAUCCAAGUCCAGCGCCGGUGCCUCAAAUGAAGCAAACAACAAGACCUGCCAGUGCAGCAGAAGCGAAACAACCAAGGUACACAAGCUCCAUUACGAUCAAAACGGGACCAGGUACUCGGUCUCGUGAUCCUAGUCCAGCAGAACCGCGAAAAAUUUCCACAUUCGGUUCCUCGGUGAAGUUGCGUUCUCGCGAUCCCAGUCCGGUAGAUGCAAAGCGAACCAGUAGCUCCUUGGGGGCUCGGACGUCGCGUGUGGGUAACGAUUCCACUCUGACGAAGGCGUCGAAUUUGGGCACGGGGAGAAAGCGAGAUCCUAGUCCCACGGUACGAAGUCGCGAUCCAAGUCCGGCGACGAUGCCACGACGUACUUCGCGAGAACCAAGUCCGGCGGAGUCCGUUCGAGAGAAGUACGGUCUGGGAAGCGGUGGAGCCUAUCGCCCUUAUGGCCGAUCGAACAGUGGAUUGGGUAGUAAUCUGAGACUCGGCGCCAGUGCGAGUCCAAUACCGAAGGGACCGGUCGCAGAUCUCGCACUUUCGUACAUGACCUCUAGUGAGGCAUUGGCAGCCCGAACGAGUCGAUCUUCUUCCAGACUGCAGCUCAGCUCGCAACCUCGCGAGACGUCACAGUGCUCGUCUCCAGUGACGGCUAGUCAGAUCUUCUCGCGUGAUACUCGAACAUCGUCCCCGAACAAUGGGGAUCAGCGUCGCGAAGGAUCAACGUCGUCGGAAACCACCAACACGAGUUCAGGCUCAGAGGAGUCCUCCGAGGAAACAGAGAGCAGCGUUGAGCCGGAACCAAAGAUUUUCAUGGAAAUCACGCUGGUAACACGCGGCACAUCUCCAACACCACCAGGAGCAACUCCACUGAUAAGAGCACGUAGGGCGGAGAUGUGCAAAACCAUCGAAAAAACCAUCCAGAAGCAGCUGCUGCCGGUUGAUACGGCGGACAAGCAGAUCCAGUCGGACCGAUUGGACGACUCCACGAAGUACUUGCGUUACGGACAACCAUCGACGCGCAGUUGGUCACCUUUUCUUGAGCCGAAGUACGCUUCGUCCUCGCCAACCGUGGGUUACACGCGAUACUCGAGUGCAUCCUCGCGUUACAGCCGCGAUAGUCCUAGCCUGAGCCGAGAGACCAGUGUCAGCUCGUCGAAAAGCGAUGUUCCGGAAAAGCGCGAGUUGUCGGCGCUGGCAGCCAGAGUGAAGGAGCUUAGUCUCUCGAAGUCGAACAGCAGCAAAUCGACGGCGAGUCAGCGUUCGUCAGCGAGUAGCACCGGGGUUGGCAAGCAGAAGACGCCGCCGAAGCAGAAAUCGCCAGAAAAGCCUCCACCGGCACCAACCAAAGAGAGCCCAUCACCGGUAAGGUCGAUCGCGAACAAAGACUUCCGCAAAUCGGCCCUGAACAUGGGUCCAGCGCCUGAGCGACCUCGCAAGUCAUCCACGUCGUCCAGCAAGUCCAGUGGCUCCACGGCGUCCACGGCGACUCCGGUGGCAGAAACCAAUGGCUUUGGUAGUCGCAUACCUCAAGUGCGUCAGCAACACGCUGGAGCUAAGUUUGCAAGACGCUCAGACCGAUCCACCUCAUCCAGCUCAGAGGAUACGACUAGUGGAUCUUCGGGCACAGACACCGACCGAGAGCAGUCCGUGACGCGUACCGCUGACAACCAUCCCGAACAGGAUGACACCAGUGUGGUCACGGAUGCAUCCAACACCAAUAGCGAACUACUGCUCCGGGCAAUCCAGCUGGCGACGAACUUCGUGAACAAUCAGAAUCGCAGUGCGGCCAGCUGGUACGAAAACGCCAGCAGUGCCAGUAUUUCUGAAAAUCUUCCGGUAGAUCCGAAUGGUAAAUCAGGCUGGGAAGCGGGCACACACUACAUGGAGAGCAUCAAGGAUGACUCUAGCGAGGAAGAGGAAGAAGAGGACGUGCAGGGAACCACCGGACAGGGACGAGAUCCGCAGGAUGGCGAAGGACUACUACGGAAUGCCUCCUUGCAACAGGCCACGUGGUGGCGUCGUUCGGGUAAUUUCGAGCAAUCGGCUACGGUGGAGGAACCGGCACGAAGCUUCACGUACCGGAUCAAGCGCGUGGAAUCAGGUGAAAGACCCUGGUGGUUGUCGGACGAGACUAGCAGUAAGCCAGUGCCUGAGAUCGACGUAGAACCCUCGACGGAGUCACCGGAGCACGUUGCGGAAACUCAGACCGACGAUGGCCGUACAACUGCCACGAGCAUCUUCGAGAGUCAACCGAUGAGUCCGUUCCGUCCAAUCCGGUUCACACGUGUCGAGUCCGGCGAGCGAGCUUGGUGGAUGAAGAGCUCGGAAAAUGUCGCCGGCCUGUCCGGAUCCGGAGAGUCGAGUAAACCAGCGAGCAGUAAGGAGCGAACACCGGACUCCGCAGGUGGCGACAAGAAGAGUCCAGGCUACACGGUGUUCAAGCUUGAAGCAGAGGAUGAGGCCUGGUGGGAACAAGCCAUAGCUGAGUUGUCGCGAAAGGAGCAAUCCUCAGCCAGCAGCCCGAGCAGUGCGUCUGCGAGUCGUGAGCCAUCAAAGGAGCCAACACCGGAACCACGAGGCCGUGGCAUUACGCUGACCCGUGUGACCUCUGGGGAAAAGGCCUGGUGGUUGUACAGCUCGGACAAUGUACCAGAAAAGGCGUCUGCAGCGAUUGACGAGACACACGUCGAUGGCGAGUCGGUGCGUGAAUGCAGCCCAGUGAAAGCAAAACCGUUCAAGAUCACGCGUAUCGAGUCCGGUGAGCAGCCUUGGUGGAUGCAGGAGACCUCGGAUGGGCCUGUCUCACGUUCAGGCUCGAAAUCAAAUGUGGUGAGCAGGUCGAACAGCUUCAACUCGAAGGGACCUAGUGUGGGCAAGCAGACCAGCCCGACUAAAUAUCGCAUCACACGCGUCGAGUCGGGCGAACGGGCCUGGUGGCAAACCGGAGAUAGUCCAGACGAGGGCUCUGGCAGUCCUCGCAAGUUAUCGUCCUUUGUGGAGCAACAUGGCGAAGAGGAAGAAGCGGAUCUGCAAAGUGCGGCCAUCGAGGCACAGGUAGAACAGGAGCUGCAGAGUAUUACCAACUUCGUGGCCGGCCUGCCCAAGUUCCCGACAGGCGAUUUCACCAUCGAGAUCAGCGACCAAACGCCCCCGCUGGGUGAUCGCGCUAGUCCGGAAGGAGUAGAAGAUAGUUGUUCAGCUGGAGGUCGUGCAUCGCCUUACGACAACAUUCCCUCGGCACUACCAGUUCCAUCGGCCACAGCCGGGUCUCUCCAGGGGUCUGCUACGCCGAUGGAGACUGUUAGUUUUGCGACGCGUAAGGACACACAAUCGCCGGUGUUCAUUUCACGCCACACCAACAUCGACGACCUGCUGGGUGGUUCGUGCCAUCCACUCAGCCCUAUGAUGGAUCGGAUGUUCGUAAUGGAGGGGCUACAGGAGAUCACACCCAAGGACGUACGGGUGCAUGACAGCACGCCGCAGUUCAUCGAUUACGGAGCCAGGCAACCGACGAGUGCGCUCGACGAUGCCGCCCUGCAAGUGUACAAAGACGGCGACUAUGGAGCGUACCUGGAUCUGGAAUCAUCGCUGGCCGAGCAAUCCGAAGAUAUCGAAGGUCUCAACUCGAACCGCAAAAACUCGCUGGUCGUCCGCACGCAGCUCAGCGUCCGAGUUCACUCCAUUAUCGAUCUUUAUGGUCUGCCCGAACAGGCUAAUCAUGCCUCGGGCCUUUAG